CUGUAAUGUAUGGAUGCGAGGCUUAAUCGCCCUAAUGCGACCCUGAGAAACAUGAUGAUGCUAAUAACGCUGAUAAUCGCUCAUUAAUAGCUUACUGACUGAGUCGUGAUCGAACCCAGCGCUGGGUAAAGACUCGUCAGUGCUCUACGUGACCUGAUGGGCGUGUUGACCGCACGAUGUACAGAAGGAAGUUGUGCAAGUGCAAAACCGAAAGUAAGGGUUGCAGCAAGCUGAGAAGCGAGAAAACAGGAACUCAGCCCACUGAACUCGUCCUGGCUGCUUUGUUUCUCAGUGAUACAGAAUGACCAACGUCUCCACAGUGCUGGUAAACCAUCUCUACGAGCUCAAAGAGGAAGAAUUUGAAAGGUUUAAAUGGUACAUGACAAAGGACGUGGCAAUAGGCUUUGACCCUAUACCUAAGGGUAAGCUGGAGAAAAAAACCAGAGAAAACGUUGUAGAUCUGAUGAAGAGUAACUACAUGUCGGACACGGGGAAGAUUGCCGUGAAGAUUCUUAGGGAGAUGCAACAGAACAAUCUCGCCGAGCAGCUAGAAGAAAAACUUGCAAAAGUACAAGAGAAGACGGACCAGGCAGAUGGUGUUGUCUCUUGUCCAGCUCAGGCUCCUGUUGCAGCUGUGGGUCCUGCGGCUCCUGGGGCCCCUGGGGUGCACCAGACCAUCACGGCUGACAGUAGCAGCAAGGUCACGGCCCCUGUUCUUUGUGGAAGCCAGUUCAGUGGCCCGGUGAAUUUGACCUUCAAUUAAUGAAAACAUUAAAUGCAUUUUUACCAGGACGACACUGGCAGCAUCAACAGACCAAAACGAUGAACAGAAGUUUCAUACGCUGUAAUAUACAGUCCUUGUUAUUUUAGAUAUUCUCAUGGAUGUAAUCUACUUUUUACUCACUAACUGUGUAAGACACUGACAAUCACAAGUCAAGUGUUUUUAAAAGUGAAGAGCUAUAAGCUCCAUUAACUUUGUGUUAUCCACCAAUUCUGUAUGUCUGAGCUGAGCCGAGCCAAGAUACAGUGCAGUGAUACAGGAAUUUUUGUUACAGAAAUAGAAGCAAUUAUUUUUGCAAACUAUUAUAUUCAAACUUUUCAAAGUCACAAUAAAUGGUACAUGCUUGAUCUUA